GGGGCGGGGCGAGCGUGCGUCUUGGACAGCGCAGUUGCAAAACAGCACGGAUCAAUGUGAGAGCUGGAGAGAGUUCACAACUGUCUGCUGAAGGACAUUAUAGACUCACUCUCUCAGUGGUGGGUGGGUGUGAUGCCACCAUGGAAGGACACAACAACAACCAGCCCAACUUAGACAACCACAAUAAUCUCUAUAAGAUACCUGGUCAGGAAGAUCAGAAAAAUCUGUCCAACUAUAAGUACUGCUGCACUCUGGCAAACUUCCGCAUUGAGAAGAAGAUCGGCCGCGGUCAGUUCAGUGAGGUCUAUAAAGCCACAUACCUGCUGGAGGGACAACUGGUGGCACUCAAGAAAGUCCAGAUUUUUGAGAUGAUGGAUGCCAAGGCUCGUCAGGACUGCGUCAAAGAGAUCGAUCUGCUCAAGCAGCUGAAUCACCCCAAUGUAAUCAAAUACUUAGACUCCUUUAUUGAAGACAAUGAGCUCAACAUUGUUCUGGAGUUGGCCGACGCCGGAGAUCUGUCUCAGAUGAUAAAGUAUUUUAAGAAGAAGAGGAGACUGAUCCCAGAGAGGACUAUAUGGAAAUAUUUUGUCCAGCUUUGCAGCGCCGUGGAACACAUGCAUUCACGCAGAGUGAUGCACCGAGAUAUUAAACCAGCCAACGUGUUCAUAACAGCAACAGGAGAGGUGAAGCUGGGUGACCUGGGGUUAGGUCGCUUCUUCAGCUCCAAAACCACCGCAGCUCAUUCCUUAGUGGGCACGCCUUAUUACAUGUCACCAGAGAGGAUUCAUGAGAACGGAUACAAUUUUAAGUCGGAUAUCUGGUCCCUGGGCUGUCUUCUCUAUGAGAUGGCAGCACUGCAGAGUCCGUUCUAUGGAGACAAGAUGAACCUGCUCUCCCUGUGCCAGAAGAUUGAGCAGUGUGAUUAUCCCCCGCUCCCUCCUGAUCAUUACUCUGACAAGCUGCGGAACCUUGUGAGCAUGUGCAUCAGCCCUGACCCAGACCAGCGGCCAGACAUCGUCUUUGUGCUGCAGAUCUCCAAACAGAUGCACAUGUGGACGUCCAGCACCUGAGCGGCACGCCACCUCUGCUCCGAGUCUCCGAGCCUCAGCGCGAGAGUCUCGAAACCUGCUGGACGUCGGCCGCAGCUGCCCUGACACGGAAGUCUUCGCUUCAUCUCGACUCGAGGAGACAAGUGGACCGAGAUGCUUCAGUGUCCGUGUGAAGAGAUGCAUUCGUGACGUGGCACGAGUGGGAGGGAGAAGGUCGUCGCUCUUUUCUUUAGUUCAGGACAUUUUUCGAUCGAGGACUUCUUUGAAACCUUUUUUUUGGGGGGGGGGGUUGCAUUCCAAAGUGGUGAUGGAUCCUGUGUGUCAAGUCAACUGUGCCAUGGAGAUGAAUAUUGUCAGUGUUUCUCAUCUAUCAUUGUUCACUGUACCCAUAUUAUUCAUUUUUUAUAAUCAGACUGAAUAUAUAACUAAGGGUUCUCAUGGGGAAAGUAUAUAUACGUGUGUGUGUGUGUGUGUGUGACAUCAGUCUGAGAAUGGUUUCUGACCCCAGUGUGAUGGAGUUGAUGUGACACAUACUGUAUAUUUAUAUCCAGCAGAGGUUUUAUAUUGUUUUUAGGGUUGUAGAGCUGAUGGAGCCCCUUUCUCUCACUCUCAGUCAUGUUGACGUUUCUCUCGAGAGGAUAAAGUGUUGCUCAGGCGUCCACAGGAGUCAGCUCUGAGAUCAAAACUCCGGAUAAAUCCACAAAGUAAUUCAAGAGGUAGAUUUAUUUCCAGGAUCACCGUGUGUGCGUGUGUGUGUUUUAACCAAGUAUUCACUUCAAUAGUUUCAGUUUUCUGUGUCUAAAGCUUCAUUUCACAUCAGUUUGUCGCCCCCUGUGGGACUGGGGGAGUGGUGCGGACAGAUGCUGAUGCUGUGAUGGACACAGUGUUAGAACAGAGCAGGAAGGAGCCAACAGAAAGAAGUGUGAAUUUAAAAAGGGACAGUUUAGGUUUUUUUUUUUUAAGUGUAGUUAUACGAGGUAUAUAAUUAGUGCUGACUGCCAACAGGGGAAAAACAGGUUUUAGCCACUUUAGCCACAACAAUAAUAUUAUUAAUAAUAAACUGCACACAAUCACAUGCCAUGGUGUAAACUUGCUUAUUUUCUCCGUGGUAUUUGAUGUGGGAGAAUGAGCCGAUUUAUGAAGUGACACACUGUUGAAACAGUGGGAUGAACAUAGACUGUCAUAGGUUUUAUUGUAAAGUGGCUAAAACCCUUUUCUUCCCUCCCUGUCCCUACUGGCAGUUUGUAUGUGUCAGUAUCUCAUACGACCACAUUCAUGACCACAGUGACGACAGAAUCUUCAGAUGAAGACUCAGUCACAACAGCUGCUCCUCGCUUCCAGACGUGCGUUUCUCUCACUGUGAACUCAUUCGUCAUCGUCCUUUUAUUAAGACUAUUAUUAACCUCUGAUUUUACCCUCAUUUGUUUACUCACCGUGUUGUUGACGUUGACUAAAAUACCUGUGCUGACUUUGCGUAGCGUUACAGUGUUGACAGCGGAAUAUGGAAGGAAAACCAAGCUGUCCCGUUUGUUGUCGGAGACAAUUUAGAAGUGACUCUUCAUCGUCCACGUGAAGCUGAAGGAGCCGUGUGUCCUCUGAUCAUUGCAAAUAUGAAAACACAAGAAGAGGUUGUUUUUGGUAUAGUGGGUUUUUUGUUAAGAUGUUAAAAUUGGAGUUGUUUUAUAUCAUGUACAAGAGCAGGACGUUGAAUUUAUAUAUGCAAAUAACAAACCGUCAUUACUGUGAAGAAAUGCAAACGAACCAUGAAUAAAAAACGAGAUGCUGUGAAAGUAAUUUGGAUCAACGCUGAACCAGAAUAUUUUUGAAAACAUAUUUUCCAACUUACCACAACGAACGAAUAACUGAACAUUUCAUUCAUCUGGUAAUAACAUCCUGUAUUCUCUGAAAAUGAAAUAAAUGUAUUACUUACACACAA